AUGACUGGUGUUGGACUCUUCCUGUGUGCUUGUGUCGCACUCUUCUCCCUCUGCGCUGGGACCACGGUCCAAAAGGUCUAUUUCGUAGAUGACAAACCUUUGGAGCUUCGUCCUCCUGAGACCCAGACCCUCACCAACGUCCUGUGGAAGUUCAGGCAGAUCCAGGGCACCACUGUGCUGGUGGCGGAGUGGAACAAAGGCGAAGAGGUGGAGUAUUAUCCCAUCUUUAAAGAGAGCGCACAUCUGGACACGGCCACGGGAGUCCUGACCGUGAAGCCCGUGAACGAGAGCCGCGCGGGCGUGUACACCGUGGAAGUCAACCAGAAGCUGCUGGAUGUCAACUACGAAGCGACCGUGAUCGAGGAGGUCCCUACGCCAAAGGUGUGGAUCAAACCGGGCUCCUCUGAGGUCCAUCGGAACCUGUCCUGCACCGGGGAAGUGACCAGAGCCGAACCCGUGUCCUACUGGUGGGACAUCAACGCCAACAAGACGUGGGUUCAGAUGAGCAGCGACAUCACUCUGCAGAAGAACGACACCACGCAGAGCAUCAAGGAGUUCUCCUGCAAAGUGAGAAACCCUGUGGGGGAGAAGGAGAGCACCCCAGAGCCCAACCCCUUCUUCACCCAGCCCACGGAUCGGUCCGGACUGUGGGCCUUGGUGCUGCUGCUGCUGCUGGUGCCCCUAGGUUGGGGGGUUUGGUUCUAUAAGGGAGAAGAUAUCAAAAAAAUGUGUUGUCCUGGAGGAGAGGCCCACAGUGAGGCCUACAGUGCAGUGGCCCCCGGAGAAGAGGCCGGCGGAGGAGUGGCGUCUGGGAACGGGGCGACAUCAGCGACCCCCACAGGAGUUCAAGUUGAAGCUGAAAAUGUCCCACCCACAGGAGUUGAAGCUGAAAAUGUCCCACUCAGAGAAGGUGAAGCGUGA